AUGGCGCGACGUUACGAGAUCGAUGAGCUGCUAUGGCUGCGCUCAUCGCCUCUGGUCUCCAAGCCUGCAGGCCUGCCGCCGAUAGAUGAGUGGAUGGGCCCGAUUCCCGACUCGACAGUACCACGAAAACCUACAAACACAAGAGACCCUACCAAUCCGAACGAGGCGACACCUAGGAGACCAAGUCUGUUUGAGACUCGCCAUAUAUCGAGAAACUCUAAUUCAGAGGAUAUUGUCCUUGGGCCUCCAAAAACUGCUUUUGCGUCGGCAUCCCGUAUUUCCGGCAAAGGAUCGCUAGAUUUUACUGACCGCACCCCGCGGCCAACCGAGCCGGAUGAAGCAUCCAACGAUCGGUUUAAUUUCCGGGACAAGUUCUUCAAGGAAAGGGAGGCCGGAGACAGGGACCUUGACCGCCGUGAUGGCAAGCCAAGUCCUUUCAAUGGUCGACGUGGGGAAAGAGAAGACUGGAACAACGGCCGCCCGCGUCGCACCUUUGGACAAGAUGAACAAGAGAGAAAAACACCCAGACGCAAUGGAGAAUUCGACCGUUGGAACCGUGAUCAGAGGGAUCAAACUUUUGAGCGGGGAAUAAGAGAAAAGGAAGGACAAUUUGUCCCUCGGAAAGACGGGACACCGAGUCGAGCCCGACAUGAAGGAAGCUGGUUUCGUGAUGAUAACGCUCAGGACGUACCAGAAACAGAAGAGGAGAAACUUCCAGCACGAAACAGAGAAUGGCGCAGAGACAAACACGGUGCGGAUCGUGAUUGGACCAGAGGGGCUAGAAUUGAGCAGGACCCCGAGUGGAUGGAUGCAAAUGACAGGGAUGAGACGCGGAGGGUCCAUACACAAGAAGAUUUUGAACGCUGGAAGGAGAGAAUGAAGGCUUCCUCAUCCCAACCGCAUGUGGAGGAAAAGAAAGAAACUUCCAUUGAAGUUGUUGCCAGCAAAAUAGCACAGCCUGAGCACCGACCUACAGACGGCGAUGUUUUCAGCGGCAACGGGACACCUUUCCAAGCAGACUCAGCGAUGGAGCGCUUCUUUGGACUGCUAGGCGAUGCGAAACAGCCUCAGGAGGUCAGCACCCCGAUAUCAGUGGAGUCGACGAGCAAGAAGGAGCCGGCACAAGGGAAGCUUGGGAAAUCUUCCCGGUUUGCUGGACUUUUCAGCCCACCUCCAGGAAGUCCUGCAACAGAGCCAGAGGCCCAAUUUGGUAUCAGAUUCCCUGCUCCGCAAUCCUCAUCCUCCGACGCGGAUCAGGAAGGGUUCCAACGCAUUCUACAGAUGCUUGGGGGAAGUGGGUCGCGUAAUUCGACUCCUCAGAACGAUGGAAUGCAGCCUUCCCGUCCACCUCUCAUGCAGCCCGAGCCGACGUUGAGUGCUCUCUCGUCUCCUAAGGACUCGAUCAAGCGGCCCGAUUACGUGGCGAUGCCGGAAGCAUCUGCUCGCAGCACGGCUCCGUCAAUGCAGGAAAAUAUCCAGGCACAUCAGUCUCCUUUCAGAAAUUCGCAGGCCCAGGACAGGGAGCAUCUUCUUCGUUUGAUGCAACAGGUCAGAGUGAGCCCUGUCGCCAAUCAUCAUGGAGUACAGGGCCAACACCCGGGUGCGGGUCCGGCCCCUGGCAUGAUGAAUAUGCCUGAAAUGCUGUCCCGUCCUCCAGGGAUUCCAUCUGCCCAGAAGGCACCUCCUUUCCUAGAUGAUCCGGCGAUUGCCAACAUGCAGCGACCAGAUGCCGAUCAGAUUCGCAGAAGGCCUGCCAAUGGACCCCCCAUGGGUUAUUUCGAUGACGUCCUAUUUCCUCAAGGUGGCCAGAUCCCCAUUACACCUGGUGGAUCCCGACCUCCUCCAGGCCCAGGCCACCCUGGCAUGGGUAUUCAGAGACCCCCAGGGUUUGAGCAUCUGCCACCCCCAGGCUGGACUGGUCCUCAAGUGCCUCCUCCUCCUCCUCCUCAGCAGGGUGGUGGCCCCAGCCCCUUGGCUCCUCCCCCAGGCAUCCCAACCCCGAACAGAGGUGUUAACCCGAAUUUCAUGAUGCCGAUGCAUGGAAAUGUCCCCCCUCUAGCUGAACGUCAACUCUUCCCUCGUGGAGCUGGUGGAAAUGGGUCUGUCGGUUUUCCUCCUCCGCCACCACCCGGAAUGAUGCCUCCUCCUGGCUACAUGAAUGGCCCUCCCCCAUCUGGCUUCCCACCGAUGGUACCCAAUGGCGAGGCCUUGCUGGGACUUGGCCACGGUGGGCAGGGUCCUUUCGAUGGUAAUCCUGGUCCACAGCAGGGACCGCCGCCAUCCUCGAGGCAUCUUUUGGACAUGUUUGGCCAAGUUGGUGGUCCUGGACAAUUCAGAUAG